UCUUUCUAGGUGAGCCAUUCUCUAACCCUUUGGCCCCAGAUGGCCAUGAAGUGGAUGAUUCUCAUUCUUUUAAUCAGUCUAAAUUGACCAAUGAAGACUUUCGUAAGCUUCUUAUGACUCCACGGGCAACACCAACAUCUGCACCACCUUCAAAAUCUCGCCAUCAUGAAAUGCCCAAAGAGUACAAUGAAGAUGAAGAUCCAGCUGCACGCAGGAGAAAGAAAAAAAGCUAUUAUGCAAAACUACGCCAGCAAGAGAUUGAGCGAGAGAGGGAAUUGGCUGAGAAAUACAGAGACCGUGCCAAGGAAAGACGUGAUGGUGUGAACAAAGAUUAUGAAGAAACAGAACUAAUCAGUACAACUGCCAAUUACAGGGCAGUAGGACCCACUGCAGAAGCGGAUAAAUCAGCGGCAGAAAAGAGGCGGCAAUUGAUUCAGGAGUCCAAAUUCUUGGGUGGUGACAUGGAACACACUCACUUGGUGAAGGGUCUUGAUUUUGCUUUGUUGCAAAAGGUACGGGCAGAGAUUGCCAGCAAAGAAAAAGAGGAAGAAGAAUUAAUGGAAAAGCCUCAAAAAGAAACUAAGAAGGAUGAAGAUCCAGAAAAUAAAAUUGAAUUCAAGACUCGCUUGGGCCGUAACAUCUAUCGGAUGCUAUUCAGGAACAAGGCAUAUGAGCGGAAUGAGCUCUUCCUGCCAGGGCGAAUGGCUUAUGUGGUGGAUCUUGAUGAUGAGUAUGCUGACACAGAUAUUCCCACAACUUUGAUUAGAAGUAAGGCUGAUUGUCCAACCAUGGAGGCCCAGACCACAUUGACUACAAAUGACAUUGUAAUUAGUAAACUGACGCAGAUUCUUUCCUAUCUGAGGCAAGGCACUCGAAAUAAAAAGCUCAAGAAAAAGGAUAAAG